CAUUGACGCGAUGCUGUGAGAGAACGCGAGACUCUGCGAGAACAGCACGAGGAAUUCAACAAGGCGGCGCGACACCGGUAGUAAACAACAGCGCGACAAACUAUCCGCCAAUUUAAGUAAAUAACUACCUUAUUUUUCGGAAAAUAAUCAACCACCCUACCAUUCUGGAUAACACCGAAGAAAGUUUCGAGUACAUCGACGAGUGCUUCGAGCGUCUGGUAAUGGGGAAAAAGGAGACGGCUCCAAACAAGCGUUCCCGUCCGUCUGACUCACCUGAGUCACCUGGAGCUAGCUCGGCGGAUAAAAACAUCACGGACAUCCUGGAGUCCAUCGAAAAAAAAAUAACAAGUUUCGACGCACGUCUGGCGCUAGUGGAACUCCUCCACAAAGAGUUUAUGGCCCUCCGCGACUCCCUGGAAUUUAGCCAGCAGCAGGUGAUUUCUCUCGCCACCGAGAACGAGGCCCUGAAAGGAACGGUGCAGUCCCUGACGGAGGAUGUGGCUCAGCUAGCGGCCGAAAAUAAAAAAAUAAAAGAAGGUAUCAUCGAUCUGCAGGCCCGCAGCAUGAGGGACAACCUGGUGUUCUCGGGGAUUCCAGAACAGGCGGAGGAAAACACGGAAACCACAAUUAAAAACUUCAUUAAACAACAGAUGAAGAUCCCAGCGGAAGUUGUUGACAAGAUGGCGUUCCACCGUUCGCAUAGACUAGGAGGAAGACGACCGGAUGGCCAGCGUCCUCGACCCAUCGUUGCCAAGUUUCAUGACUUUAAGCAGAAGGAACUGGUUAAGAGCCGGGGCAGACAGCUGAAGGGAACUGACUUCAGCGUCAACGAUCAGUUCCCCAAGGAGAUCCUCGACCGCCGCCGCCGACUGUUCCCCAUCCGUAAGAGGUUCAUGGCAGAAGGCUGCAGGGCCGUCAUCAGCGUCGACAAACUGUACGUCAACGGAGAGCUCUACCGGGACCGGGAAGCAACUCCGUGGCUCUACUAGCAGGUGUGACGACUGAAAGCGGAG